CUGCUCGGGGGCGCUCCAGGGGUCGCCUCCCCCGCCGGAUUCUCCGCUACCCUCCAGGCUGCAGCCGCAGAGACUCAGGGACCUCCUGGAAAACCAGGCCCUCCUGGUCCUUCUGGACAGAAAGGGGACCAUGGCACUCCAGGACAGAUGGGUCACCCUGGAGAGAAAGGCAGAGCGGGGAUGCCGGGAGGCCCAGGAAAAAGUGGUGAGAUGGGCCCCAUGGGCCCCCAGGGGAGAGAGGACAUCCUGGUGCACCUGGGCCUGCUGGGAACCCUGGGAACCCAGGAUUGCCGGGAACGAUGGGAGAUGCCAUGACCAGAUCAGGAUGUUCAUCAGAGAGGAGUUGCAAAAAAUGUUUGAUGAACGGAUUCAGUACUACACUUCCCGACUGCCCCUGUCACCGGUGGAAGUCCUUUCCCAGCCAGGGAGACCAGGAUCACCUGGGAAAGAUGGAACUCCAGGGCGGCCAGGUCCUCCUGGUUCUCCAGGAUUGCCUGGACAAAUUAGAAGGGAAGGCCGGCAAGGUGUGCCCGGCAUGAGAGGUGAGCCCGGAAUCAAAGGAGAAAAAGGAGACAAAGGGACUGGAAUCAUGGGGGAGACAGGAGCACCAGGCCCUCCAGAGCAUAUCAAGGCAUCUGCGGUUUCUCCAGAGAUUUCAGCUGACCUUCACUUGCUGGAUGUUUCCUGGAUUGGAAAAAAAAAGUUUCAUUACUGGAAAAGACUUUAUACAUGAAAUAAAAGAUAAUAAGUCAAAUAACAAUAUGAGAUGGUGUUACAUUCAGAGUCCCAGCGUCUGUUAGAGAAAUACCCUAUUAAUAAGGUGACCAGAUUUUAACAUUGGUAAAGAGAGACACCAUUGACUGAGCGGGGGG